UAGUAAAUUAAAAAAUCAUACAAAUGAUAUAUUUAAAAACUAUUAAUAUAUAAAUUUUCAUUUAACAAGUAAUUAGACUUAAUUAUCUUAUUAAUAAAAACUUAACACUUUAUUAUUUAAUUUUCUAAAAUACAAAUAAUAUGCACCUCCAAAAAUAAUAAUAGAUUAAAGAAAUACAAUAAUAACUCCCAUAACUAAAUAAUUAUUAUUUAACUAAUACAAUUUAAUUUCUUAUAAAGAUUCUUACGAUUAUUCAUCUGAGCAAACCUUAUUUAAAUCUGUAAAAUAGUACUCUACCCUGUUUUAAAAUUCUCCCCAAGGGCAUUAAACAUUUUGACUUUCACAUAGUUUCAUAUAUUCGCCAUCUCUUUUAACUUUUAUAAAUAAUUCAUUAUCAUCUUAAUGUAAUUCUAGAAUAACUGAAGAGGCAAAUUAGGGAUAAGAUACACAUUCAGUAUAAUUUUUUGAAAAAAGCCCGAAUCUUUAAUUCAUUAAGCAUUCAAUACUUGUAAAAUUUAAAAAAGAAGAAAUCAAUUGCACAUUAGUAUCAUGUGCACUCAACAUAAGCCAUUUUAGUUCACUUUUUCCUUCUAUAACAGGCCUCAUAUAGUCAAAAACUUACAUGAAAAAGUUUGUAUUUAAAGCGCUUAGCAGAUCAGGUCUUUAAUAGUCAAAAUUCCAAGAAAUAGAAGUUAAAAAAGUCAUAUUAUUUACCAAUUCUUGUGAUAAAAAAGGCACAUAUCUUCCAUUAUAUAAAUCGCAUUAUAAAGUAAUCCAGAUAGAAUGCACUUAAUUGAAAUUAUUAACUGUUUCAUUCAUCAUUUAAGUUAGAAUUUGAUAUGUUUGAGUAAAUUCUGAAUUUAUAAAAUCUACUAAGUCUUUUCUUUGAGAAUAAUAUUCUUUUUAUAGAUGAUGCAAAUUUUUACAAUUUUCAUCUGGUUAUAAUACUAAAUCAUCUUUUGCAUGUAAGCUAUGUAUUGGAACGACUUAAAUUUAGUGCGGAAGUGCUUCCAUUUAUCCUUCUUCAAAAAAAGACUUAGCGUUUUUAAAUGGAGGUAAAGUAUAAUUCUAUAAAAGAUUCAAAGGUAAUAAUUCGCCUGUUCCUUCAGGAAACAUUCCUUGCAAAUGAGAAGAAGCACUCAAAUAAGUACGAUUUACAUCUGUAGAACGAAUAUAAAUUUAAGAAUGAUUAUAUUUUUAGGGAAGAAAGUCUUUAUAUUCUUCACGAAUCUAUCGCCCGAAAUUGUAAUGUUAGCGCAUUCCAGUCGAUGUGAGUUCACCUUAGGAUUAUUAUUUUGAGUCAUACCAAGAGCCAAGGG